CGAGAGCCCGAGUGCAAGGGAAGCCUUAUCACGGAGGCACGGCUAAAGACAACAUUUGCAAAAUGCCGAAUAAAACAAAAAAAGAGAAGGAACCAACCAAAUCUGCAAAAAGCAGCACGAAAAACAGUAAUGCCAGUGCCGGAAAGGAUGUUGGAACUGAUAAUUCAGAAGAGGCCCAGCAGACAGCGAGCAAGCGUCCGAGCAACAGCACUCCACCUCCCACUCAGCUCAACAAAAUUAAGUACUCAGGUGGGCCACAGAUUGUAAAGAAGGAGCGUCGACAGAGUUCAUCACGAUUCAACCUCAGCAAGAAUCGGGAACUGCAGAAACUUCCCGCCCUCAAAGAUGCCCCACCCAUUGAUCGGGAAGAGCUGUUCGUCCAGAAACUGCGGCAGUGCUGCGUGCUUUUCGACUUUGUGACGGAUCCACUAAGCGAUCUCAAGUACAAAGAGGUGAAGAGAGCCGGCCUGAAUGAAAUGGUGGAGUACAUCACACACAACCGCGACGUGGUCACAGAGUCCAUCUACCCCGAAGCUGUCAUCAUGUUUUCUGUAAACUUGUUCAGGACUCUGCCACCCUCUUCUAACCCCACGGGAGCAGAAUUCGACCCUGAAGAGGAUGAACCCACUCUGGAAGCAGCUUGGCCGCAUCUUCAGCUGGUGUAUGAAUUCUUCUUACGAUUCCUGGAGUCACCCGAUUUCCAGCCCAACAUUGCCAAAAAAUACAUCGACCAAAAGUUUGUACUUUCGCUUCUGGAGCUUUUUGACAGCGAAGACCCCAGAGAGCGGGACUUCCUGAAAACCAUCCUGCACAGGAUCUAUGGAAAGUUCUUGGGGCUGAGAGCCUACAUCCGUAGACAGAUCAACAAUAUAUUCUACAGGUUUAUAUACGAGACGGAGCAUCACAAUGGAAUUGCGGAGCUCUUAGAAAUCUUAGGAAGCAUAAUUAAUGGCUUUGCCCUGCCACUGAAAGAGGAGCACAAAAUGUUCCUGAUCAGAGUGUUACUGCCUUUACACAAAGUCAAGUCUCUCAGCGUCUAUCACCCACAGCUGGCCUACUGUGUGGUGCAGUUUUUGGAAAAGGACAGCAGCCUCACUGAACCUGUGAUCAUGGGCCUGCUGAAGUUCUGGCCCAAGACACACAGUCCGAAAGAGGUGAUGUUUCUGAAUGAGCUGGAAGAAAUCUUGGACGUCAUCGAGCCCUCGGAGUUUGUUAAAGUCAUGGAGCCUCUGUUUAGGCAGCUGGCCAAGUGUGUAUCCAGUCCACACUUUCAGGUGGCUGAAAGAGCAUUGUAUUACUGGAACAAUGAGUACAUCAUGAGCCUGAUCAGCGACAAUGCCGCCAAGAUCCUUCCCAUCAUGUUUCCAGCUCUCUACAAGAACUCCAAGAGCCACUGGAACAAGACAAUCCACGGGCUUAUCUACAACGCUCUAAAGCUCUUUAUGGAAAUGAACCAGAAACUGUUUGAUGACUGCACUCAGCAAUACAAGGCCGAGAAGCAGAAAGAGAAGUACAAAGUUAAGGAACGGGAAGAAAUGUGGCAUAAAAUUGAAGCGCUAGCAAAACAGAACCCUCAGAGUACAAAGGUUCAGCUGCGGCCUGGUCUGGCUCAGGAGGAGUAUAUGAUGUACAAUGAAGGAGGGAUGCCGAUAUACUCGAUGGAGACUGAAACCCCGACAGUGGAGGACAUCCAGCUGCUGAAGAAGACUGUGGAGUCUGAAGCCUCGCAGGGAAUGAAAGAAAUCAAGAAAGACAAGGUGUUGAUGAGGCGAAAGUCUGAGCUGCCGCAGGAUGUGUAUACUAUAAAAGCUCUGGAGGCGCACAAGCGAGCAGAAGAGUACCUGACGGCCAACCAGGAGGCGCUCUGACGGGGGCGCCCCGCCACCCUCCUCCACGCCUAAACUGUCCCUCUCGUCCUGGUCCGGAAUUGUCGCCUGCUGUAACCCACCACCUCUGUUCCUCUGUCCAUACUCUCUUCCUCCCUCGCUGUCGGAGAGCCUGUCUGCAGAUGUACACGGAGCAGUGGAGAGCUCCCACAAACACACACACCCUCCAUAGCUGCUGAUUCUUCCACAGUAGUGUGGGUUACAAAUAAUCCGAGUUCGCUCCUGCUGUAGUCGCUUUGUUUUUCUCCAUACUCCACCUUUAUUUAUUUAGUCCACCGUCUCCGCAUGUUCCCGUCUUCAUUUCCACCGCUGCUUGUUCGCCUGCCUCUGUGAAUCUGUCCUCUGAUGUGUGUUCGCAGCGCACACCAAACCAAUCAUGCUACUUGAGAUCCGCUGACGCCAUGCUGGAGUUUUAGGCUUCUGUGUGGCUCGCAGUAGGGGAGUGAUUCUUCAUGUCGUACAAACGUACACCUUCAUGAGUUAGACUAUGGAGUUUGAGAUCGACUGUUGUAGUGGCCUAGGGAUGUAAAUGUUUAAUGUUGUUUCACAGAUUAGCCGAGGCUGAAGUUUGGCUUAAUCCUAUUGCUGGUUUCCUAACGAUUGUGUUGAUGAAUGUCAAACAGCGCAGGGAGCAGUGUGAACGCAAUCCCCACGAGAUCUUCAUCUUCAACCACCAGCAGAGCACCUGAUGGGAAUGCUGUAUAAGGUAGUUUACUGAAUGUGCGCUAAACACAUGCACCACUGGCCUGUAGGCCCUCACUGCACUUACAUUUGUAUGCAUCGCUGUUUUAUUCGUCAUUUUAGGAUGCCGUUAAUCAAAUCUCCACCUUCAUGUUUGUCUUCUGUAAUGCGUCAAAGCUAGAAUGAAAUCAAACUCUUGUUAUGCUUUUAAAAAGGAAAACGUUCAAGAUCGUGAACUACUGUGCUGUCCAAGAUUGUACGUCUUAUUUCGAUGUUUAGUUUCGUUUUUCACUUUAAAAAGCGCCUACGCCUUUUGUUUGUGUUCAGGAAUUAGAAUGAUGUAAGAUCAAGCGCUAUACAAUCCUCCUAAUAGGACUAUAUUCUUAAAGAAAGAAAAAAAAAUAAAUAAAUAAAGAAGAUAAUCGCUUACCUGUCCAGGCAUACAUAGUAUAUGGAAAAUCGACAGCCUGCAAUUGCCAUUGCAAAUACUUGUGCGUACUGUAUAUUGUCAUGUAUAUUGCUUAUGAUUGCACCCUUGCCCUUCAGUAUUCCCUCUUCCUGUCCAUCACCAUCAUCAUUUCUUUAAUUCUGUUAGCUUGUAUGACUUCAUUGAUGCAUGAUGUCCCCUCUCUGUUGUAUUCGAUCAUUCCAAUAGCGGGGGAACAUUCAUUCACUCACAACACAACACUUUACUACUGUCCAGCAAGCAGCUGAAAGGAAUAGCUCACCCAAAAAUGAACAUUUUGGAUAGUUUCUUACAUCUCUUGAACACAGAAGUAGAUAUUUUGAAGAAUGUUGAAAACCUGUAACCAUUGACUUCCAUAGUAGGAGAAACAAGCACUGUGGAAGACUAAUGUUUUCAGCAUUUUUCAAAAUAUCUCCUUUUGAAGAUACUCAAAUUGGUUUGUUGUGAUUAACCGAAGACUAUUUUCAAUUUUGGGUGACGUCCUGCUGCUAAAACCUGUGCGUACAAUUCGACUCGCGCUAUUAUUACAGCAUAUAGUACGCGGUGCAGAGGCGAAGUCUGUAAAUCACUAGCUGUUUGAAGUGUUGCAGUGUCACCGAAGCCUUUCAGCGUACGGGAACGGCUUGUCCGUGCAGUCAAGAGCAUGAAUUGCCAACCUAGCUGCCUCUAAAUAGACCAAAACAUUCCAGAAACAAUCGGAGGCAACUUCACUCUUGAACGCCGCAUGCUUCCUUCCUCGAUGCAGCUCGACAGGUGGACGGGGGCCAGUGUUCAGCUCAAGAAACCCGAGGGAAAUGAAGAAAGUAUGGGUCUCUCCACACCUUCCCUUUCCUCUUCCCAGCCCUCCUUCCCCUCCCCAGUCCGACACUAAUCUUAAGCUGCUUUCCAGGUCAUAUGUACAUAUGUUGUACUUUAAUUAGGUUGAGCAUUACAUAGUAUGAAAGUCAUAUUUUGUACAGAUGUUCAUGUAUGUACAGAACAAAAAUAAAGAGAGAAACACAAAAA